AAAUGUGGAGGGACUCGCAACCCAAGAUCUUCCAAGUCCACCAACUCUCACGAUCGUUGCACACCCUGCAUUUGAGGUGUCAACCCACUUCUGUCUAUCUGUCAAGACACUUGGAUUGACCCUCUUCUUCUCUGUCCUUAUAAAUAUUCGGUCGAUUUAGUCGUUCAGCCUUGAUUGACUGCGAACGCGGCCGGCGCCACCGCCAAAUUCAGCGUGAAUUUGUUUCGCUUUUCAUAGACUUUUUGCAGAUUAGAAAAUCGCAAGUACAUAGCCAAAAUGCCGCCCAAGAAGCCUGAGCCGGCGAAGAAGAAGAAGACCUCGGUCGAGGACAAGACCUUUGGUAUGAAAAACAAAAAAGGUGGUUCCGCAAAGAGGCAGAUUGCACAGCUCCAAGCCCAGGCAGCACACAACAAGACCGCCGAGGCCAAGAAGAAGGAAGCUGAAAAGGCCCGUCGUGAAGCCGAGAAGAAGGCCGCCGAGGCCGCAAAGAAGGAAGCCCUAGAAUUGUUCAAGCCCGUGCAGGUUCAGAAGGUUCCAUUCGGUGUCGACCCGAAGACCGUCUUGUGUGUCUUUUACAAGCAGGGCAACUGUGAAAAGGGAAAGAAGUGCAAGUUCAGUCACGAUCUGAACGUUGAGCGGAAAGCGGCCAAGAAGGAUCUUUACACCGAUUCGCGAGAUGCGAAGACCGAGGAGGAGGAGGCGAAGAAGGGCGACACGAUGGACCAGUGGGACGAAGAGAAACUUCGCAAAGUUGUUCUCAGCAAGCACGGCAACCCUCGGACGACUACCGAGAAGGUUUGCAAGUACUUCAUUGAGGCGGUCGAGAACCAGAAGUACGGUUGGUUCUGGGUUUGUCCUAAUGGAGGCGACAAGUGCAUGUACAAACACAGCUUGCCACCUGGCUUCGUGUUGAAGACAAAGGAGCAGAGAGCUGCUGAGAAGGCUAUGAUGGACAAGUCCCCAUUGAACACUCUAACCCUGGAGGACUGGCUUGAGUCAGAACGUCACAAGCUCACCGGCAACUUGACACCGGUGACACCCGAGACUUUCGCCAAGUGGAAGAAGGAGCGUCUGGAUAAGAAGGCUGCAGAGGAACAGGCCCGCAAGGCCAAGGAGGCCACAGGUCGUGCUCUGUUCGAGAGCGGCAACUGGCGUGCGGAGGAGGAGAGCGAGGACGAGGACGAAGACGACGAAACCUGGAACCUGGAAGCCCUGCGGAGGGAGACCGAAAAGCUACGGGAGAGGAAAGAAGAGGAACGUCUUGCCCGACUGGCUGGUAUUUCCGUCACGCCAUCUUCGAACGACGAGACCGUUGCCCAAGAGGGCGAAGGCUGAGUUGAUGCGACUCACCCAAGAUUCUAACAACUUGGGCUUUCGAAUUCGGGCAUGGCACCUCCCACACUGGAACCGGCGUUCCAGGCGGAUGUCCGGGCCCGUGAUGGUGAUCGUGUUGAUAACCAGGACUGGGAUAUCUGCCGGGUGGGCAUUAACGCUUUGUCCUCUGUCGUUUCCACAUAUGCUCUUGUGCAGCCACAGGAUUUUGGGACCGAUGUCCCAAUGCGUGUAUGGAAGGGCAGAGGCAGAAGGCGACACAUGGUCGACGCAAUCAUGUGUGACGUGGAUGCAGAAAACAGAGGCUGGCAUUCUGUGUGCCGUUUUUGUACGUAGAAAAUGAUUUUGACUAGAUUUAGCGCUACAUCUCAAUGCUUUGCAUCAACCUAAAACGGGG